AUGUCCACUUUCACUGCACUCAAUGGGAAUGAUUCCCAGACGAUAGAUAAACGGAGCGGCAGCCCAGUAUCACGGCCGGCAGAAUCGGAGGAGCGAGGUGCCACUGCGACGAACCCGGAGCGAAGGACAUCAGCCGAAGCUACAUCUAAUCCGCGACAGCAUUGGACAGGGUCUGGUACUGAGAGAACUACUUACCAAGCAAAUGAUUAUGCACUGUACGAAGGCAACCACAAGCGCAAAAGGUCACUAUCUACGGAACCACGGAGAGAAGGGCCAGGUUCGCCAGAUGAGCGACAUCCCAGCAGCCAUCAUCCUGACUCUCGCGAGGCUUUCGGAGCGCACCUGCGAGACCGGGAUCACCGAGCGUAUGGUAAAGACAGCAGAGAUGAGUCAUCAUCAUGGUAUUCUCAGUCACAAUCGCAAAGGGACGGCCGAAGUGCAUAUGAGUCUCAAUCUCAAGCUGUUUCCAUCUCUACGCAAGCCGAGGACCAAUCUGGGGAAGGAUACAGGGGAUCUGGAGGUGCCGAACCUCAGGACUAUUCGCCUACCAGCCCUGAUGAUGGAGACGAUUCAGCUUACUAUGGUGGCCCAUACGAUGCCGAUCAUCGCAGAGCUGGUGCUGUCCAGUCUGAUCCCAAAAAGCGAAAGCGAAACUUCAGCAACAGGACUAAGACGGGCUGCUUGACGUGCCGCAAGAGGAAGAAGAAGUGUGACGAGCUCAAGCCCGAGUGCAACAACUGCAUUCGAGGCGGCUUCAUCUGUCAAGGGUAUCCAAACCAGCGUGGCUACCAAAAGAUGGAAACCAAGUCCACGGCUGUGCCGCUGGAAUCCAAGGACCCGAGCUACGUUCCUCCGGGCGCUUAUGGCAUGCCACAGUCACAGUCAACUUAUGUCAACCAAUUACAGCCUCCAGCUAAGCGUGAUGCGCCACCCCCAUUCCGAGGCCCAUCGUUGCGCAUCGACCCGCCGCAGGGCCGAGUGCUACACUCGGAAGACGAGCAGACGGCUUCCACGAUCCCCACCGCAUCCGUCUUCAGCCCGGACAAUAAACUCUCGGCCGUGUCAAGCUACACGGCCCCAGCGGCGAACGCAUUUCCGACUCCUAUCAGCGCAAUCAGCUCCGCCACUGGUUUUGGAGAAAGUCGAGGCAUGCAGAAGGAAUAUCAGAGAAUACCUCCAUUACACGACACGAGCCGAACAGAACCCGAAACCCCUCACACGAGCAACACAUUGCCACAAAUCAAUAUGCUACAUCCUGCCCGCACCAGUAGUCCGGCGAGACAGCCACUACCAGCGACGAGUAGUGUUCAGGCCACAGCCCAGUUGGCACUGUCACAUAAUCAUUUCGUCGCUGCAAACCGACCACCCACACAAAAGGAGCUAAUGCUACGGGGCGAAUCGUACAAGCCAUUUGAUAAAGAACUCGUGUUGGAAAGGGAAAGGUGCAGCGCUGCUUGCUGGAGGUUUAACAACUCUACCAACCCAAACAACGGCGUGUCGGCAACGGAACGGGCACGACUGUUCCGCGAAAUACUCAUGCCCAAAGAUCCUGUCCACAUUUCCCCAGCACAGACAUCUCCUGUUACGAAUCAUGGCCGUGUUGGAGCCGAGUGUGUCGUGGAAGCCCCCUUCACAUGUGACUAUGGAUACAAUAUCAGCAUUGGCGAUAACGUCUUCAUUGGGCGUAAUUGUACAGUGCUGGAUGCUCGCUCGGUCACGAUUGGCAAGAACGUCUACAUUGGACCUAAUGUCAGUCUCUUUACGGCUACACUUAGCACCGAUCCUGGCCAGCGGGAGGGCAGUAAGAGUCUGCAAUAUGGCAAGCCCAUAGUCAUUGAGGAUGAUGCCUGGAUCGGUGGUGGUGUCAUCAUCCUCCCCGGUCGGCGGAUUGGAAAAGGUUCCACCGUGGCGGCCGGCUCCGUCGUCACCCAGGAUGUUCCAAACUUUGUGAUUUCCUCGGGAAAUCCUAACAAGACCAAAAGAGGAGUUACUAGUGGCACACUAUAA